AUGGCAAAAAAAAAAAAUUAUUUAUCAGUUGAUACAAGUAAAAUAAAAUUCGUUGAAAAUUCUGAAUCUGAAGAUUUUGAAAUUGAGGAUGAUAGUAAUAUUGAAAAUGGUUCUUCUGAUGAAGAAACUUUAAGCUAUGGAAAUGAAAAAAAUAGUGACAAUGAUUCCAUGAUAAAUUUAGAAGAAUCUUCAUUAAAUAAAAAAAAAAAAAAAAAUAUAUAUGAUGACGAUGAGGAUGAAGAUGAGGAUGAGAAUGAAGAUGAAGAUGAAGAUGAUGAAAAGGAAGAAGAGGAGGAAGAAGCAGAUAAAGACAAAAAAGAUGAUUUUAUCAAAAUAUCGUGGAAUAAGAAUAAAAGAAAUUACUAUCAAAAGGAAAGUGAAGAUUCCUCAAGUGAGGAUGAAGAAGAUAAAAAUGAAAGAAUAAAAGAAGCUAUUUACUUAAGUAAAAAAGAAAAAGAAAAUUUAAAUGAAAAUGAUUUUGAUUUAUAUAAUAUUUAUAUGAAUGAAGAAGAUAACAAGCAAACCAAAGAUAAAGAGGUAAAUGAUUUCAAUAAAAAAAAGGAUACUAUUAAACAAUUAAUCAGUGAUAUAAAUGAUGAUUUAAAAGAAAAAAAAAAAGAAAUAAAAAUAGAAAAUAAAGAUAAAAAAGAAGUUGAAGAAUUAAUUAUAAGCGAACAACAAGAAUAUAAAAUUCUUUUAAAAGAAUUAUCACAUAAUAUUCAAAAAGUAUUCAAUGAAAUAAAAGAAAAUAAAAAACUAUUUGAAUUUAAAGAUAUCAAUGAAAAUAAUGUUAAUCCAUCAGAUAUUAAUAAAAAUACUUUACUAUAUCUUAAGAAAAAAAAUGAAACACUAUUGACAUAUAUUAUAUACAUUAUAUAUUAUGUUUUCCUAAAAAUUAUGAAUUGUUAUAGUCAUAAUCAUCCUGUCUUAGAUAAAUUGAUUUAUAUGAAUACUAUUAUAUCUAAAACAAAUGAAUUAGAUAAUAAAAUAAAAUUCAAAAUUCAACAAUUAAAUAAAUCAUCGGAAAAUGAACUAGAAGAAUCAGAUUCAUCAAAAGGAAAUGAAAAAAAGGCUUCUAAAAAAGAAAAAGAAGACAAAGUGAUCCAAAGAAAAGUUGAUGCACAACAUGUAGAAGAGUCAAUUGAUGGUGAAGAAAGAGAUAACGAAGAGGAUACAUAUGAUGAAAAUGAAAUAGAUAACGACGAUGAAGAAGAUGAAGAAAUAGAUGAUGAAAAUGAAAUAGAUAACGAAGAUGAUGAUGAAGAAAUAGAUGAUGAAAAUGAAAUAGAUAAUGAAGAUGAAGAAGAUGAUGAAGAAAUAGAUGAUGAAAAUGAAAUAGAUAAUGAAGAUGAAGAAGAUAAAGAAGAAUAUGAUGAAAGUGAAAUAGAUAGUGAAGUUAAUGAAAAUGAAAAAAAUAAAAACAAAAAAUAUAAAAUUAGUAAAAGUAUUAUAACAGAAUACACAGAUAGUCAUAUUAGAGAAAGGGAAAAGGAAGAAAAAAAAAAAAAAAGAGAAAAAAUUAAAAAUGAGAAAAAUGCAUUUUUAAAGGAAAUCAAGGAAAUGAUUUCAAAGAGACCAGAAAAAGUAGAAGAAGAAAAUUAUAUAAAGAAAAUGGAAGAAAAAUUGAUGGAUUUUGAUGAAAAAAUUUUAAAAAACAAAAUGAAAAAGUUAAGCAAAAAGAAAUAUAAAAUAAAUAAUUUAAGUAACGUUGGAAUGACUACAAAUGAUUUAUUAAAGUUUGUUGAAUUACCUGAAAUGAACCAAGAAAAUAAUAAAAGCGUAGAAGAAAAAAAAAUAUUUCGAAACAAUAUUAAUAAAUUAAAGCAAAUGAAGAAAAAUAAAUUAGUAAAUAAUGCUAAUGAUGACUUUGUUUCUUUUAAAAAGUUUGAUAGAAAUAAAAAUAUAAAUUAUUCUUAUAAAAAUCAAAACAAAGAUUCAAAUAAUGUUAUGUUUGGAAAAGUACAUGCAAUAGAAGACGAAAAAAUUAAAAGCAUGUUAAAUUUUAAAAAAAAUAAAAAAGAAAAAAGAAAAAUUCUUAUGGAAAAUAAAAAUAAAGAGAUAAGAAAAAAAUUAGUUGAUGAAGAAAAUGAAAUAAAUGAUCAUAGAAGAAUCCCAAAUAAGAAAAUUAUACAAAAUAAGGGAUUAGUAAGAAAAAGGAAAUCAACUGAUGGAAAUGCGAGAGUACAUAACAGAUUUAAAUUUAUGAAGAAAAUGAAGGUUUACAAUAGUCAACAUGCUAAAUUAAAAGUUCAUGAUAAUAAUUAUUCAGGAGAAAAAAGAGGAAUAAAUCCAUUCAUAAAAAAAUCAAUAGAUAUCAAAUAA